AUGUCCAAGUUUCCGGUUUCGAGGCAUCACUUUGCAAGGUAUGAAGUGAACAGUGGUGACAUUCGUGUGGCUCGUUUCCGCAAACAUGCUGCUUCGCCUGCUCACCGCACUGCUGAAAGUAUGGCCGGUGGCAAAGCGCCAGCGCUUGAGGAAAUUGGUGGUUUCUCGCCAACCAUGUCUGAAUGGAAGUCAGUCAUCUCUCACAGCAAGCCGGGUCACUGUCAAGCCGAUGUGGACGAUGCUGGAAACCGCAAAAAGGCUCACAUGAUGCGUUGGUGCUUGGCUGAAGCUCAUCGGCAAAAGCAGAGAGAGGCAAUCCAAACAGCUCUCUGCGUUUCCCUUGCCCAAGAUCAACGUGGACGCAGGUUCUUGGUCCGCUUUCGUGCAGUGGACGCUAAGUUAGCAGUGUGUUAUGGAACACUCCAGUUGGUCAAAGUAGUGGCCUCACCCAAUGCUCCCGGCGCUCAAGGUAUCAGGCAGAUGACUUUGAAGGCCCUGCAAAAUUUUUGUACGCCGUCACUUCCGCCAACUUAUGGUGGACUCUUACCAGGAGCCAAGGAGGAGAAACCGUGUGACAAUGACUUGCUGCAGGCCUUGAUGGGCAAAGUGGAAUGCAUUGCUGCCGACGCAGCUGGCGAUGAACAGCUGGCCAUGCGUGACCUUGCGGGCAUCAGUGGCCCGGACAUCGUGGAGCUCCAGGACGUGAUGGGUCAAUCUUUUCAGAACUUGAAGGUUCUUGGCAAAGACCGCGCUCACGCAGCGCAAAGAAUGUUGAGCCGCCCAUGGGCAGCUGAUCCGCAGUUGAAGGAGGUGAUUGAAGAGUUUGUGGAGAAGCCGCACUCUGUUGCCCGACUCAUCAACAAUAGCCAUGUCUUCAAAGAUUUGUACUCUGACUUCCGGCAAAAAAGUCACGAAAAGGUUCCCAUUGCCAAGAGCAUUCGUGACUUAGCUUUUGCACGGCAAAGAUACAGCUCUGAGUCCAAAGUACUUGCUCGACUGGUCUUGACUUGGGAUGCAGUCCUUGGUGUGCUCACCGCAGUUCCAGACAUGAGAGGCCGAACUUCGGCUGAAGGCGCAGCAUGCCUUGCUACCUUGCAGUUUUUGACGCCAGAAAAAGCUUUGCUUUUGAGCAUGCUUGCGGACGCGGCCCUUGAGUUGCAUAGAGUGGUGAGGGCAUUCGACACAGAUGUCUGUGAUGAGUCCGAACUUCCAUAUGAGCUUGAUCGGUAUCGAGGUGUGAUCCGGAAGCUCUUUGUUGAAGGAGCUUGCCUUCAUGUUGGUCUGACAAAGAUCAUGUUGCAGCACCUGUCGGAGCAGCGGCUGCUGAUAUCCCAAGGAUUUCGAGCCAAAUUGGGAGGAGCAGAUGCCGUCACAGAAGAGCUGAAGCGUCAGUGUUUGAAGCGCAUGUCUGCUUACGUUGCUGUGGCUGAAUCUGUGCUGGAAGGAGAAUUCCCACAUUUUCAACUGGUGUCCUCUCUGCGUGUUUUCUCCCUCUCGGAUGAAUCGAGGCUCAAGAAACAGCUGGAAAGUGGUGAGCGAGCCAAUUGUCUUGAAAAGUUGGCCCGGGCCAUUGGUGUGGAGGAGGAAUCUUUGAAAUAUGAGUUCGAACAUUUCCUACCCAUUGCCAGCAAAUAUGCCAGAAUAGAGGGCUUGGAAAAUUUUCACGCAUGGAAGAAAGCAAUUCAAUGCACAGAGAAGAAUCGCAUGGUUCAUUCCGCAGAUGCGCUCAUCCCAGCCCUUGCUCGAUUGGCCUGCUGGAGCUGCAGUUCCUCUGGUGUGGAGCGUGGGUUUUCAGCUGCGCAAGGUAGCAAGCAAUUGGGUCAAUCCCAAGACGAGAACGCUACCUUGGAAGAAGUCAUGUUGAUUUUGCAACAAGUUGUCUCGUCCCCCGAAUUUGGAGCAGGAGAAGAAAAGGAGCUGAUCUGCGCUGCCAAGAAAGUUUGGGUUGCUCAUUGCAGCCGAGUCCGGGCAAGUGGUUCACUGAAGAGAGUUCAGCGGUGGGACAAGAAAAAAUUGAAAGAUGGUGAAGCUGGUUUUCUGCAGGGCUGCGCGAUUGUCAAUGACCAGCUGGCAUCCAGCAGCUCUGCCGCCGCAAGCCUGCCCAAAACAGCCCAAAUUGAAGAAGCUUUGCUGGGUGUCAUCCAUUCAUCGGAGAUCACUGACGCUGUCCGAGCUUUGGUGGCGACCACCGCAGAGAAGCUCGCAAAGACACAACGACAAAGAAACAAUGAUCAAAAAUUGGUCCAGAGCAGAGUCAGCAACAAAGAGGCUGCAUGGUGCGACCAAGCUCCAAUCUACGUUGGCUUCUGCACAGACGUGCAUGUUCCGGCAGAUGCCACUAUUGUCCGCGAUUUGCAUGCUGGGAGGAUCUUUGUUUGCCAAGACCCCACCAAUGUGUCCCCUACCCUACGUUUUUUUGCAGGUCUCGUGGGUGGAAUCCUUGCGUGUCCCAAGUUUGUGGAGACCAAGGGUCACUUUGGGGUGGCGUUAGCUUUCAAACCCGCGAGCAAAGUCAAGAGGAGCUUCUUCAUGACGCCUGCCUUUGUCAAUGGCAACAGAGCAUUGUGCACAGACUUGGCUGAAGUGCUGCAACUUCAGGAGUGCAACUUCCAGUUGCUGAACCGACAAGGCUUGGAUGACGCCAUCGCGAAGCUGACUGUGUCCAGGGCUCGCCAACUCAUUGUCCUUCGCAAUGACCAAAUUGAUGAAGAUUUUCCCCAAGUGCGGCUGCAGUUCACCGGCUUGAGUGAAGCUGUCGAGCACUGGGUCUUCUGCUCCGAGGACAAGUCUCGAAGUAGAUCUGGUAUUGCUGCAUCCUAUUAG